AUGACCGAAAACUGCCACGCAGAACGCCGGCCCAUCCAGACCAGUGCCGUGAUAGUACUUGGCGCAAGACAAAGACCAGCUCUUCCACCGCCAUCCCCACCAACACCGUGUGCCUCGCCAUCAGACCAAGCCCUAGUCGAUCCAACAGAACCAUUCAGCCUAGAAGAUCAGGAGCGGGAGAGGCAGCACGAACAGCAGUCUGCUCAAAACAGCUAUCAGCAAUGCCCUCAGGAAUCGCCGUCCAAGGAAAGCCGUCUCCGCCGCGGCUUACACGUCUUGAACACGGAAGCACUAGCAUUGGCUGCCCUUACCAAGUUGUAUGAAACAGACUCAACGGCCCGCGAAGGGUUUGACAAAGCUGUCCAGGUGAUUACACGCCAAGCUUUGGCCAGCGGAAAGCUCAUUGUGAUUGGUGUCGGGAAGUCUGGCCAUAUUGGCAAGAAACUUGUCGCCACGUUGCAAAGUCUAGAUAUACGCGCCGUCUUCCUGCAUCCAACCGAGGCAUUGCAUGGAGACUUGGGUAUAAUUGACGCCCACGACACACUACUCUUCAUCACCUUCUCCGGAAAGACACAGGAACUGAUGCUGAUGCUGCCACACCUGGACGACGCAUUGCCAACCAUCCUGCUCACGUCCCAUACUCACCGUGAUACGUGCGAAUUCAUCAAGCGGCGUCCGAGGACUAUCCUGUUACCGGCCCCGAUCCCUGAAAGCGAGCAGGCAUCCUUUGGGGUUUCUGCACCAUCGACAUCGACAACCGCCGCACUGGCACUCGGUGACGCAUUAGCAAUCACCGUUGCCAACGAGAUUCACCAUAAUGUGUCUGCAGCAUUCGCAAAGAAUCACCCAGGGGGUGCCAUUGGUGCAGCAGCGGCGACGACCGCGAAACCGCCCCAGAUACUGGGACACAUUUGCGUCCCAAUAGCGGAUAUCCCUUCACUUGAAGGACUCGAACUGUCGUCAAAGGCCACAGGCAUUGAUCUUCUUCGGGCAGGAUUCGGCUCCAAGUCCGGCUGGAUAAGAAUGGAGGACAAGGUUGCGGCGCCCAGUAGAAUAAGGAAGAUUAGCAACACUGGUAUGAACCAGACCGUUGGGGAGUUGCCAAACAUGUUCGUAUCCCGCCACGACAUGAUUGUCAUGUCGUCCGACACGACAAUUCACCAAGCGGGCAAUAUGAUCCGGACGGCCCGACGAGACGACGCUGAAGAUAUCUCUUGCGUAACAGAAUCCAUUGUUUGUGUCACGGACGGCGAUAACGUCAUUGGGAUGGUGGAAGCAUGCCAUCUUCUCGAGGUUUCACAACAUCAGCAGUAA